AUGGAGGGUUCCCAUCAAAAGAUGCCUUCUGAAAUCGAGGAGAAGCAUGUAUACAAUAAAAGCAAGGGGCUACCCAUCUCGAAAGAAGGGCUCGCCGUCAAUGUGGGCGGCCGGGGAGCCACCCAACGUCGCCUCCAAGACUACCAAGUCUCCAUGAUCGGAUUAUGUGGCGGUAUAGGCACCGGGCUUUUCGUGGGAACCGGUAUGGCUUAUGCCAAAGCCGGUCCGGCUGGGUUGCUGCUUGCGUUUAUUGUUGUUGGAAUAGUUCUCUGGUGUGUUAUGCAGAGCAUUGCAGAGCUUGCUACGUUGUUGCCUUCUGCUGGAACGUUCCCGCAUUGGGCGACGCGGUUUAUUGAUCAGGCUGUUGGGUUUUCGUUGGCUCUUUCGUAUGGGUAUUGUUAUUCAAUUGCGAUUGCUUCUGAGGCGUCUGCUUCUGCUGUGGUGGUCUCGUACUGGACAGAUUUGUCGCCUACUGUGGUCAUUACGGUAGGUCUGGUAUUGAUUCUGGCCAUUAAUCUCUCCAAUGUGAAAUUCUAUGGUGAUGUCGAGGUCAUCAGCGGUUCAAUCAAGGUUCUCUGUUUCCUUGGGCUUGUCAUCGUCUCCAUUGUUAUCACAACUGGAGGUGGACCGAACCAUCAAGUUACCGGAUUCCGCUACUGGCACGAUCCCGGCGCAUGGACGAAUUAUAACGGUAUCACUGGUCCGACUGGCCACUUUCUAGGAUUUUUGUCGUCCUUUGUCAAUGCAUCAUUCAGUUUCAUUGGUGUUGAGACCGUAGUCAUCGCGGCCGCCGAAGCCAUCAACCCGCACAAGUCAAUCCCAAAAGCAGCUCAGCGAGUGGUAUAUCGUAUUGGGUUCUUCUACGUACUUGGCGCAUUGUUGAUCGGAAUGAUUGUCAGCCCAGAGAACCCGAAUCUUACUUCUGGUACCGGGAACGCAAACAGUUCUCCCUGGGUCAUUGCUAUCAAAGAGGCUGGCAUCCAUGCCCUUCCAUCUGUUGUAAACGCUUGCAUCCUCGUGUCUGCCUGGUCGGCGGGAAAUUCUUACUGCUGGGUUGCCUCACGAAUCAUUGUGGCCAUGACGACGGAUAGGCUCUUGCCGCAGGUAUUUGGACGGGUCACCAGGAAGGGAGUUCCAUAUGUCGCGGUUAUUACUGCUUGGCUGUUCGGGCCUUUUGCAUAUCUCAGUCUCGGUACCGGCGGCUCCUCGGAAGCAUUCACCUGGCUCCUCAAUCUCAGCACCGUGCCUGGUCUCAUCGCCUGGGCCACACUCUCUUUCUGCUACAUCCGUUUUUAUGCUGCCCUCAAGGCUCAGGGAAUCAGUCGAGACACCCUUCCUUGGAAAUCACACUUUCAACCAUACGCUGCAUGGGUGGGAUUUGUUGGUUCAACGAUCAUUGUGCUCGUGGCCGGAUUCCCGGUUUUCUUGAAGGGCAAUUGGUCUACAUCACGGUUCCUUGCUUCGUAUAUCGGCAUUCCUAUCUUCAUUGUUCCUAUCAUUGUGUGGAAGCUGGUUAAUCGUACCAAGUUUGCCCGCGCUGCUACCAUUGACCUCUACUCAGGCCGUUUGCAGGAGGGAGAAAUUACAGAGAAUGAAAAGCCAGAUACCUGGUGGCAACGUAUCUUGGACUGGAUAUUCUGA